CGUGAUAUGUGUAGGUAACGUGGAAAGUGAGUUUAAGGUUUACAAGAGCAAAUCAGCCAAAAGCUUGGUCCAAGUACAGCUCCAAAGAAAAAAAAAAAAAAAAAAAGGAGGCGGACUGCAGAGUUUGGCGCCGCCCAGCGCAGCGCGCGCCCUCCUUCUUCUCUUACGUCCGCACACAGAGCUUAAAUCCAGAAGCGUUCGCUCUGGCUUCACACAUUCUCUUGUGUUUCACUACCUGUUAAGCAGAGAAAAAUGUCUGGCCGCGGAAAGGGAGGAAAGGGGCUCGGGAAAGGAGGCGCCAAGCGUCACCGCAAAGUUCUCCGUGAUAACAUCCAGGGCAUCACCAAGCCCGCCAUCCGCCGCCUGGCUCGCCGUGGCGGCGUCAAGCGUAUCUCCGGUCUCAUCUACGAGGAGACCCGCGGGGUGCUCAAGGUUUUCCUGGAGAACGUCAUCCGCGACGCCGUCACCUACACCGAGCACGCCAAGAGGAAGACCGUCACUGCCAUGGACGUGGUGUACGCGCUCAAGAGGCAGGGCCGCACUCUCUACGGCUUCGGAGGCUAAACAGGACCCACCGACACUGGCAAACAACACAAAGGCUCUUUUAAGAGCCACCCACAAUGCAUACAAGAGCUGCUUCCUCUACUUAUUCCGUUCAUGCCUGCUUUAGUCGCUGCUGUCAGUAAACGUUCAUUACUGUCAUUUAUGAUAUCACAU